GGUAAUUAGUGACUGACUGGUUUUUCUGUUUCGUCAGUCACCAGCUUGGUUCCCCUUUCUCUCUCUUUCUGGUGUGCAAAUUCGCCGGCAUUUUGUCGUAAUUGUCUUCGUUCAAGCAGUACCUUCGUUGGAACAAACAAGUAUUGAGUUUAAUUUUUAGAUGUCCACUGCUGAGGUGGAUCCGUCACCCUCGUCUCCCAGUCCUGCUGCAAAGAGAAGGAAGUUGGAAGAUAAGAACGGGAAUAGCAGUAACGGCAGCAAUCAUCACUUGAAAGAAAAUCAGCAGCAACCGAAAAUGGCAGGAAAUGGCAACAUCCAAACCAUCGAUGAGAGCCUCUACUCAAGACAGCUGUAUGUACUUGGACAUGAGGCCAUGCAGAGGAUGGCGACAUCUGAUGUUCUGAUCUCUGGUCUUGGUGGUCUUGGAGUAGAAAUUGCCAAGAAUAUUAUCCUGGGUGGUGUGAAGUCAGUCACUCUACAUGACUCUUCUGUCUGCAAAGCAUCUGAUCUUUCUUCCCAGUUUUAUGUAUCUGAAGCUGAUAUGGAGAAGAACAGAGCAGAGGUUUCUCACAAAAGUUUGGCUGAACUUAACCAGUAUGUUCCAGUGGAGACAUAUACUGGAGAACUAAAUAAGGAAUUCUUGAAGAAGUUUCGUGUUGUUGUUCUAACAAACUCAAACCUUGAAGAGCAGCUACGUGUCUCGGAAAUUGUUCGCAGCUUUGGCAAUGCUCUUAUCGUCGCCAAAACGCAAGGCUUGUUUGCUCAAGUCUUCUGCGAUUUCGGAGAAGAUUUCACCAUCAUCGACACAACCGGAGAAAAUCCAGUUUCAGCUAUGAUUGCUGGUGUAACUAGAGAAGAAACGAGCGUUGUCACAUGCUUGGAUGAGACAAGGCACGGUUUAGAAGAUGGGGAUUACGUCACUUUUUCCGAGGUACAAGGCAUGGUUGAACUAAAUGCCUGCGAACCGAGGAAAAUCAAAGUUCUUGGGCCAUACACGUUUAGCAUUGGAGACACAAGCGCCUUCAAUGACUAUGUAAGAGGAGGGGUCGUUUCCCAAGUGAAAAUGCCCAAACAGAUUCACUUCAAACCCUUGCCUGAUGCACUCCAAGAACCCGAGUUCUUGAUGACGGAUUUCGGUAAAUUUGAUCGUCCUCCGCAACUCCAUCUCGCAUUUAGGACAUUGGAUGCGUAUGUCAAGAAAGAAGGACGCCUCCCAGCUCCUUGGAGCUGCAAGGACAGUCAACAAUUCGUCGAUUUAGCUAAGGAACUCAAUAGCAACCUAAGUGGUUCCUGUAAGGUAGAAGAAGUGGACGAGAAGCUUCUCGCCACCUUCUCGCAUGUCUGUCAGGGAGAUUUAAAUCCGAUAAACGCAACUAUUGGUGGAGUUGUGGCUCAGGAAGUGAUGAAGGCUUGCAGCGAAAAGUUUUCGCCUAUCGUUCAAUGGCUUUACUUUGACGCAACCGAAUGCCUGCCAGAAAACCAAGAUUCUCUGACUGAAGAAAACUGUAAACCUACCGGAUCUAGAUAUGAUGGCCAGGUGGCAGUCUUUGGCAAUGAGUUCCAGAAAAAGCUAGGAUCGCUACGCUACUUCGUGGUUGGUGCUGGAGCCAUUGGUUGUGAGCUUCUCAAGAACUUCGCCAUGAUCGGAGUAGGUGCUAGCGAAGGGGGCCAAAUCUACGUAACCGAUAUGGACUUGAUCGAAAAAUCCAAUCUGAACAGGCAGUUUCUUUUCCGUUCACAUGACGUGCAGAAACCCAAAUCUAGUUCAGCUGCCGCUGCCGUAAAAGUGAUGAACCCAUACGCCAACGUUACGGCUUUUGAGAAUCGUGUAGGUCCCGAGACGGAGCAAUUCUUCGACGAUGAUUUUUUCUCAAAAUUGGACGGUGUUGCCAAUGCACUUGACAAUGUCGAUGCACGCAUCUACAUGGAUCGACGCUGUGUCUACUACCGUAAGCCUCUACUGGAGUCUGGCACGUUGGGUACUAAAGGAAAUGUUCAAGUAGUCAUUCCUCAUCUUACAGAGUCAUACAGCUCAUCUCAGGACCCUCCAGAGAAGUCUAUUCCUAUCUGUACGCUGAAGAACUUCCCGAAUGCAAUUGAACACACGCUUCAAUGGGCUCGGGAUAUGUUUGAAGGCUUGUUCCGUCAGUCAGCUGAAAGCGCCGCUCAAUAUUUAGUCGAUCCUAAAUUCAUGGAGAGAGCGCUUAAAUUAGCUGGAUCUCAGCCACUCGAAACACUCGAGUCGGUCAAACGUGGUUUGGUUGACGAGCGACCGAUGAAUUUCGAGCAGUGCGUUCAUUGGGCACGUCAUCAUUGGCAAGAGCAAUAUCAUAACCAAAUUAAGCAGUUGCUGUUUAACUUUCCACCCGAACAGCUGACUUCUUCAGGCCAACCUUUUUGGUCGGGCCCAAAGCGCUGUCCUCAUCCACUGGAGUUUGAUAUCAAUAAUUCCGUCCAUAUGGAUUAUGUGGUUGCGGCUGCCAACUUGAAAGCAAAAAUUUACAACAUACCCCAAACACGUGACCGAGAGGCUAUUACAAAAAUGGUGGAAAUGUGCGUCGUACCUGAAUUUGUCCCGCGUUCAGGAGUCAAAAUUGCCGUGUCAGACGCAGAGGCUGCUGCAGCUGCCAACAAUCCAGGCUUGCUUGACGAUGAUCGUCUUACCCAAUUGCAGAAUGAUUUGCCGCCUGUGGAAACUUUGUCUGGCUUGCGAAUUCUUCCUCUAGAAUUCGAAAAAGACGAUGACACCAAUUUCCACAUGGACUUCAUUGUAGCAGCAUCGAAUUUGCGAGCAGAGAAUUACGAUAUUGCUCCAGCCGAUCGUCACAAGAGCAAACUUAUUGCCGGAAAGAUUAUUCCUGCUAUUGCCACAACUACCUCCGUCGUUUCAGGCUUGGUCUGUAUCGAACUUCUGAAGUUGGUGCAGGGUCACACCAAUCCUGAGUUGUUCAAAAACGGGUUUAUCAACUUAGCACUUCCGUUCUUUGGCUUUUCAGAACCGAUCGCUGCUCCGAAACAAAAGUAUUACGACAGAGAAUGGACUUUGUGGGACCGUUUUGAAGUAAACGGCGAAAUGACAUUAAAGGAGUUUAUCGACUACUUUGAAAGCGAGCAUAAACUGAAAAUUACGAUGCUUUCGCAAGGUGUCUGCAUGCUAUAUUCGUUCUUCAUGCCCCAGGCUAAGCGCAACGAACGGAUGGAUCUCGGCAUGUCGGAGGUUGUUAAACGCGUCUCAAAGAAGAAACUUGAGCCUCAUGUUAAAGCUCUUGUUUUUGAGUUGUGCUGUAACAAUCUAGACGAUGAAGAUGUAGAAGUGCCCUACGUACGUUAUGUACUCCCGACCGAAUAAAAUGUUCUUACAAUACGUUGCAAGGCGGGUGGGUCUGGGUCCAUAUUUGAUUUCAAGGUUAUUUACCACUAUCAUCAGUUCACUUGCGCUAUAUCCUAUGUUGUGGACUUUUAGCUUAGUUUGUUGCUUUCUCUAAUUAUAAGUAGAAUUCUCUGUGGAAAAUUAUGCUGGUCGCAUCAUCUGGUUGAAAUCACUUCAUAGAGUUUUUCCUUGUGCCAGUGAUCCCUGUUACGUAUUCAUUAUUACUGAUUGGAUUGACUGAGUGCACGUCUUUACCUUGUAUCUGAAUUCAAGAAGCUCCUUUCCUACCCUUCUCCGUUUAAAGAUGUGUACAAUUGGCCUUGAACAAUGGUAUGAAAUAAAUACAUGCCGAUAAAAUUAAA